AUGCUUUUCUCCUAUCGAAGCUCUGGACCCUCACCUCCCGGAGCCCGGCGCAAGCGUGUGGACGCCACGGCCCUGCAGGUGAGGCGGCCUGGGGUCUCGGCCGUUGAAUCGACCGCGAGCUUCACCUGGGCCCGUGCGGCCUGUGACAGGUACUCGGACGAGGGCAGCGCUCCGCCCGCUCGCCGGCCCGCCCCCUCCGGGCCUCGGAAUGAGCUGCGGACCCCGGCUGAGCGGUUCUGGCUCCUGGCGCCUGGCGCUGCCGUCGCCGCUCAAGAGCGGACACAGCCCCUGAGAAGAGGGAGGCAAGCGGCUGCCGAACCCAGGCAUGAGCCGGACGCGGCGUCCGUUGCUGGGCUAAAGCGCGGAAAUGAUCCUGCACCAGGUCUGACCGGGGCUGUGAACCCCGGCGACCGCUGCUUCUCCGUGGGCAGUGUCGGCGACCAGCGCUUCAACGGCAAAGAGAAGCAAAGGAAAAACAUAAGCAUCCCUGCAACAGAUCAAAUGGGACUGAAGCAACAUCAGGAAAGGGAAAGAGAAGCAGCUGAAAGAAAAAAGAAAGACAAGAAGAACAUGGGAAGCACAGGAGAGAAGAGCAAUGAAAAGCAGGAUCAGUGCCAUGAGUUCUGGGACAUGGUGAGAAAUGGAAAGCUGGUGUGCAUCACAGACUAUGAUCCUGUUCGAGGUCCAUCUGGCAAGAUGUGCCCCAACAAGUGUGCCAUGUGUCAGAGCAUCUUUGAGCAAGAAGCUAAUGAAAGAAAAAAGAAUGAAGAAAAGUCAAGUGUCAAGCCCUCAAACUAUGCAAAGGAUUCUGAGAUGUGCAAACAAUACCGAAUAUUGCCCAGGUCGGGUUAUCUUUGCCCAAAGAAUUUAUAGCCCAUCUGUGGUGAUGAUGGCCAGAUGUACAACAAUCCCUGCAUGCUCUGUCAUGAAAACUUAAUUCACCAAACGAAUAUACAUACCCGCAGUGAAGGGAGGAGCGAAGAGAACAGCACCCUGAACACAACACCUUUCGGCGUGCAGGCCUCUGACAAAUCACAGGAGAAUUGCUGAAGGCCCUGAGGGAAAAAUACAUGCCCUAAUUCUGAAUCACCUACCUUCACCGCCUGCACGUACAAAGAACUCUGCAGAGCUCAUCUCAUUUGCUGUAGAGAAUAAAACGGAGCUGUUGGAAGAAUGGACUCACUGACUUUCAGUCCAUCUCUUUCCUCCUAGAUUCUGUGAUCUGAGGGCACUGUCUGUGCUCUGGAAACCUCCUGAUCACAAUGCUGUCUAUCCAACUGCUUGUUCAGUAAAAGUAAACCCAGCAGAACACCACAUCUGGGAUUUCUUGCCUGCCUACUAGGAACUUGUUUUUCGCAGAAGCGGAAUAAACUUUCUCCUUUUGUCUUGCUAA